CAACUGCGUAUUUCCUUUAUUCCCACGCUUCGUCUCAAUCAUCUUGUCUCCGCUCUCCAAGCUCGCAGAUCUCUCCCUCCCUCUCUCUCUCUCUCUCUCUUUCUCUCUCUCUCACAAAUCACCGAUUAAGCAGUGUAGAUGGCAAUGCAGGAAGCUGGUCCUGCUCCUAGUGCUCAAGUUGUUGGCAAUGCCUUUGUGGAGCAGUAUUACCAUAUUCUUCAUCAAUCUCCUGGAUUGGUGCAUAGGUUUUAUCAAGAUUCAAGUUCAUUAAGUCGACCGGAUACGAAUGGUGUUAUGACAACUGUUUCAACCAUGCAAGCCAUCAAUGACAAGAUCCUCUCCCUUAAUUACGAAGACUAUACAGCAGAGAUAAAAACUGCUGAUGCACAGGAUUCUUAUGAGAAAGGGGUGAUUGUAUUAGUCACUGGGUGCUUAACUGGAAAAGAUAAUGUGAGAAAGAAAUUCACUCAGACAUUCUUUCUAGCUCCACAAGACAAUGGCUACUUUGUCUUAAAUGAUGUUUUUAGAUAUGUUGAGGAGAAUGAGUCACUGUUGAUCAACUCUGUCCCAGUCACUGCAACCAAGGAAACUGCUCCAACAUCUGCACUGACACCUGAACCAGAACCUGCCGAGGCUCAUGAACAUCAUGCUAUAGAGUCAACAAUCUCCAUUGAGGAUGAAGAUCUUACUAAUGGUGCUGAAGUAUGCGAUCCUUCAGACAAAGAGGAAGGAUCUGUAAUAGAAGAAGAAAUUGUUGAACCUCCAACCCAUUCAAGUGAGGUAGAAAUUGUUGCAGGUGUUGAUUCAGCUCCUGUGGCCCAGGAGGAUGCUCCAAAGAAAUCUUACGCUUCAAUUGUGAAAGUAAUGAAAAGUAAUACAGCGCCAAAUCCAGUACAAGUUUCCGCAGCCAAAGUCAGGACAGCACCUGCAAGUACUGAUCCACUCUUAGUUAAUUCUACAAAACCUGCUCCACCUCCAGAGGCAUCAUCUCUCGGCAGUGAUGCUGCUCCAGAAAGUAGCAAUAUUAAUGAGGAAGCCGAAGGUCACUCCAUAUAUGUUCGGAAUUUGCCUUUCAAUGCAACACCUGCUCAACUUGAGGAGGUGUUCAAAAAAUUUGGGGCAAUAAAACACAAUGGCAUUCAAGUCAGAAGCAACAAGCAGGGAUUUUGUUUUGGUUUUGUUGAAUUUGAGACAUUAAGCUCCAUGCAAAAUGCACUUGAGGCUUCACCCAUUAUAAUUGGGGAUCGUCAGGCUGCUGUGGAGGAAAAAAGAACAAAUACUCGAGUUAGCAGCAGCAGCAGCAGUGGAAGAGGGAGGUAUUCUUCUGGUAGAAGCAAUUUCCGAAGUGAUAGUUUUAAAGGCCGUGGAGGGAACUUUGGGGGUUCCCGAGGAUAUGGCAGGGGUGAAUUCAGAAGCCAAGGGGAGUUUUCAGGGCGACCGAAAGGUUCCAGUGGACGCAAUGGAGGAGAGGGUUAUCAGCGGGUUAAUCAGAAUGGAAAUGGAAGGGGAGGAGGACGUCAAGGUGGUGUAAGUCGUACCUCAGCUUAGAAGCCUUAACAUUAGUGAGGAGAGUGACCAGGAUUUUUUCUUUUUAUUCACAGUUGAGAUGAGGGGUAUGAAGAUACUAGAUUAAAGUUUUGAUUUUUAUAAUUGCAAAUGAUCAAUGAUAAUUUUCCCCCCUGAGAGUAUCUGAUAAAAUUUGCAUUACAUGGAGAAUGUUGUUCUGGUACCACUAUGUAUUCUUUCGGUAUAUAAUUUGAUGGGAAUUUAUUUAACA